GACUGUUUGCGGUCUGCAGAGGGUGGAGACGUAAAAUAAGAAAAGAGGAGCAGGUGCUGAUGAUGAAGCAUGAAGCAUCGCUCCUCCUCCACCUCCUCCUCUUCAUCCUCCUCCUGGCACGUAAAUGUUAUUUAUGAAUGCCCGCCGCUCACGGGCGUGUGCGCGCAGGAUUUCCAUUAAUAUGUUGGGUAAUUAGGGGACAUCGGACUGAGAUCAGAAACGAUCUGAGGGUCGGUACCGGAGCCAAACAGCAGAAUCUUUGCUUUGAUUCAUUUCGGUGCUGCUGCUCUUUAAUAAUACUGGAUCAAUACACCGAACACCGGAACCGCCUCGCUUCGACACCACACCAGGUGUGUUCCCAGGGCAACAGCUGACUGAUGAUGCCCUUGUGAUAGUAGGUGGGGCUGCAUGGGCCUGAGGGGGUAAGGAGGUGGAGUCUCUGCCUUAAGCCCCUCCCCCUCUCCUUCCUGCCACAGACCAAACGGACAGGAAAAAAGACAGUUCUCCCUUCCCUCUUCCUCCUUCCCCUCUCUCCUUCCUGUUCUUACCCCCUCCUGACCCUGCCUCUUCCCCGCCUCUCUCCCCCCUUGUCCUCUGCCACCAUGCUGUGGUCUUGCUGCUGGUGGAGAGCCUGAGGAAACAGACUCUGGCAGGCGACCCUGCUCAGCCAGGGGACUACGACUUGUCCCUGCUGGACCCGAAAACCCUCCCAGAGUGCUGGCCCCCAGAUGGCUUGAUGCCUGAGAGCAGUUACUGGCAGCUCUGCCCUCCCUCUAAGACCAGCCUCCAGGGGGGGUUACUGAGCUCUAGUUUCCCACCCGGCCCUCUGCCUCUGGUUCCCCCCGAUGCUCACCUGCAGGAAGGCAGCAACCCCCUGGAGAGGGGCCCCUCUCAGUCUCAGCAUCAACGGCCCUUGGUGCCCAGCACCUCAGCAUCCGAGCUGUCACUCUCUGGAGCGACAGUGCCCCCUCCAGGUCCUGGACUCCCUCCACCUCCUCCCCCGCCCCCUAAACGGCACUGUCGCUCGCUGUCAGUUCCCGAGGACCUGUCACGCUGUCGCUAUACAUGGCGUCCCAGUGCCUCUCGGGUCUGGACUCCUGUCAGUCGCCAGCAGUGCCACGGUGGAACUGGUGGAGGGGUGGCAGUGGGAGCAGGGGGUAUAGGGAUGGCAGUGGUAGGGGGCGGAGCAUGUCCUCUCCGUGCUCCUAGCUCAUCUUUGAACUCAUCGCUACACUCCUCUUCUAGCCCUACCUUCUUCAGCUUAGCGCUGUCUCCUGACUCCCCGCUGCCAUGGAGCUUCCCCUGGGACCCCAGCGAGGCAGCGGCAGGGGGCGGAGCCUGCUGCUGCUUCUUCCCCUCCCCCUCUUCCUGCUCGUCUUCACCCUCCCCCCUGCAUCCGCCUCCCCCUCCUCAGAGGCGUUUCUCCCUCUCACCGGUGCUCAUCAGAGACUCAGCGGCCUCAACCUUCCUUCCUCCACCUCCCAUUCCAAGCCAGGUGGCGGCGCCUCCACUGGGCUGUGUCACUACUGCUGGAGCAGCUGCAGGGGGGCCGGUACCCCCCUCCCCCUCUUCCGCCUGCAGCACGCCAUCUUCUCUCCGGCGCAGCCUCCCGCCGCAACUGCCGCGCUGCCACUCUCAGCCCUGUGAUCUGUUACUGCUUAAACCGGGUCUGAAGAGGCGCCGGGACCCAGACCGACCCUGCGCCCGACCUGUCCUCGACUUCACUAAGAUGACGCAGACGCGCAGCAUCGACCCACAGUGCCUGGAGCGCGGUGGCGGAAGGUUAGCCUGUGGUGGUGAUGUUUGCAUGGGCAUGGAGGCCUUCAUGGGCGACUUUCGGGGCUCCUGCUCGCCAGCUGAGUGCCUUGGCAGGACCAGCAUUGGGCCCCUAAGCGAGAGCGACGAGGAAUGCCGCGAAGAUGAAGAGGAGGAUGCUGAAGAGCGCGAGGCAGCACAGCAGGCGGUGUUUGAGAGGGAUUGUACAGAACUGGAUUUAAACUUGAUAGAAGAAAACUGACCUGUCUGUAAAAGACGACUGUUCUCUGUUUCUGUUUUCUAAUUGAGUUUUAUUUUGAAAUGACCCGACUCCAGCUCUUUUUCCUGUCCCACCAUCUUCUAAACACUCGGUGACUCCUCCCCACCAAUCAGCAGAGCUCUCAGGAACGACAUCUUCUCCCAUUUGGACGAGCUGAUUACUGACAACAGUGAUGAUGUGACUGUUGGCGUUAAAGACUGCAGCUGCACCUGGAGGCUCCGGUUCGUGUCAUUCAGACAGGUACGAGCUGCGGUCCAGGUAUCUUCCGACCUGCAGAAAAAUGUCUGACAAGGCAUACACCAUGCCGCAGCAGCCGGCCCAAAACAGCAUCACCACGCCUGCUGGACAGUCCUGAGCCAUCACAGAAACCAAAACACGGUCCAAACGAGCAUGUCCAUAACUGCAUCCAAACCUUCUAAAGCCACCAGAGAGAAACACAUUCGGACUAAAACAUAAUAUUUGAACUGAUCUGAAAAGAAAAUUCUUGUUAACAAAGCUUUGACAUUGUCAGGCAGAGACCAGACUAAUCAUUUACAGGUAACUUCAGGAUGCAAGAUGAAGUUUGGUUCUAGUGUCCAAAGUCCAAAAUAAUCUUUAUGCCAAAGAUGAAAUAAAAAAUGUAAUACAUAAAAAAAUAUAAAAAAUUAGAUGAGUUCACAUUUGGAUUAGAGAUAAAUGGUUUUGCAUCAGAUGACAAUAAACAAGAGCCUUAAAAAUAAGUCUGAAAAUGUUUGAAAAAUGUUUCAAAUGUAAUCAUGAGGGUCUUUGAGUGAUGAAAAACAGCAGAUCACAGUAUUUAAAUUAUUUAUCCAAAAACAUAAUUAAAUGAUUCACAGUUCAGUUUCAGUUCCUCAUCUGCCCAGCUGCACCUGCUGCUGUCAUGUGACCUGGUCGUGGUGAUGUGUUCAGGGUCGCUGCGCUUCUGCGGUGGUGUCCUGUCGGUCAAACUGAGGGCAAAAAGCCACUGAUGCUGUUGUUCACCCGAGUGUUUGCACAUUCCUGUUGUACACAACUGUCAAGAACUACCAGUGUGUGUGUGUGUCUGUGGGGGCUGUGACAUCACACCCUGCUGGUCAUGUGACUUGUGCUUAGAUUGAAUCCAUGUUUAAUCUACGAACAGUGGGGAAAAAAAUGCUUUCACAUAGUUUUGCGAAGUUUCUUCUAAAAACAAAACAGAACAGUUCAUGUUUUAAAUUAAAAUCUUUUAGUCAUCAUGACUGAAGGCUUGUAUUUAAAAGAAUAUGAAACUGCUCUAAUGAAGUUGAGAAGUUAAUUUUUGUUUAGCAAGGCUCAUUUUCCAGUUUUAGCUUGUGCAAUCAUUCUGCAUUGUGUGGAUCCCAGCAAAAAGAAUUAAAAAAAUUAUGGAAAUAAAAUCUAAUUACAAACUGACAACUUGGGUUUCAAAGCGUAAAACAAAAAGAUUUAAGAUUGCAAUAAAAUGCAAAGCAGAACCAUAAAUCAGGUAAAACCGGUACAAAAAUACUUCUGGGAUUGAAAUGCAUGUGUAGAGUUUUUAACUUCACAGGAAAAUUUGUUUUCUUAGUUAUGGAUUCAGAAGAGCAGAUAUAAAAAUCCCUCAAGUCCUCAGUCAUAAGGGGUUAAGAGAAUAUUAUUGGAGUUUUACUUAUUUUGUGAAAGUCUGCAUUGAUAAUUGUUGAAACAAAAUAAUUUUGAUGAAAGCUAUAAUUUUUUCAUUGCCUGAUCCAGCAGUUCCCCAAGCUGGGGAUUGGGAUCCAACUUAAAGACUCAAACUACAAAGUGUGUUGAUAAAUCAAACAAACUAAAAAUAUUUAGCACAAAUAACCUAUUUAAGCCAUAAAUGCAACAGCAAAUUAAAAUAGUUUUUACAAACAGAUAAAGCUGUAUAAUGGCUGUCGAUGCCGUUUGUGUUUUCACUGCUCCCCUGUUUAAUUGACUUGGUAAGAAUGCAUGUGAACCCAAGCAAUAGUUGGGACUAUAAGUCACUUCUACUGUUCGUUUGUGAGUUAGAAGCUGUAAAGUUUGGGAACCAAUGGUCUAAACAGUGACAUGGAUUAAGUCCUACGUUAGUAUUGAGGGGAUUUGGUGUAAAAUGUAAUUGAUGUUUGUUUAGUCCAUUUUUUAUUUGCUAGUAAAGAAGUAACACCAGUUGCUGCCAAUAUUCAACAUUACAUAUUUUUUGUUGUUGUAAUUUGAUUAUUCUUUGUUUUUUUAGGCCAGUUUUGGGGUCUCAGUUACAAGCAUAAAACAAGUUUGCCUUUUAAGUCUGUUGCAUGUUGCUGAAUGAAGGAUCUUCCAUUACUGCUAAAUGAUCUGCUAACAACUAUGUCAGGACUGAACUGUGAUUGGUUAACUUGACCAAACCAUUAAAUCUGGAUUCAAUCUCAGCACUAAGAAGUCGCAGAAACAGCAAAUUGGACUCUAUUCAAACUAAACACACAUUAAGCAUCUAAACAUUUUAGUUUGACUGGUUGUUUGAGCUGAUGACUUUUUUGCUGAUUGUUUCACAUCUUGUGAGGUUUCAGAUUGAUUAACGUUGCUUUUACCUUUUACAGGCAGAUAAUCCAAUCCAGUUGCUGUUUAGCAGCUUUUCUUUUAGCUUUGAAGCAUAAAAAAGGAAUCAGGAUAUUCUUUCCCUUUUGGGUCGUUGAUUAAUUAAAAACAAUACAACAAUAACAAUGAUUUUUGAUAAAUGACUGAGAAUGAUGUAUUUCUGCAUCUCAGAUUGGGAAAUUCCCCUAAAUGCAUCAAAACACGAUUUUAUAACAUUUUCAACCAGAAGCUGUUUGAAGGCUGGUUGGUGUAUUAUCUGCAUUCUGCUGUGGCUACUUUACUGUUAAACCUUUAUAAAUAAUUUAAACCUAA